AUGCAUCUUUCCUCUCUUUUCUCUACAGCUCUGCUGUUUUCGACCGCUAUCGCGGCGCCACAGCCUGAUUACUCUACAACCAGCGCUGCCAAUCAUGGCAAGGUUGCCAAGUAUCAGAAGCAGUGUCCCUUCAGCAUUCCUCAUGUCAAGCCCCAUAACCAGCGAUAUGAGCACACGAUUAACUUCCCCAAGGGAUGUGAAAAUGGGAAGUUCAUCAAUUGGAAGACAUACAAGGCCAAUGGCGUCAACCUAGGUGCUUGGCUUGCAAAAGAAAAGACUCACGAUCCCAUCUGGUGGAACUCCCUUGGUAUCAAGGCCGCUGCUACAAUCGACGAAUGGGGUUUAUGCCAGGCUCUUGGAAAACAAUGCGGUCCAAUCUUGGAGAAGCGAUAUACGUCUUUCCUGAAUAUUUCUACCAUUGAUACACUUGCCAAGGUCGGGGUCAACACGCUUCGCAUCACUACCACUUAUGCCGCUUGGGUCAAGGUCCCUGGUUCCGCUUUCUACCACGGCAAGCAGCAGGAACAUCUUCGCAGGAUCACCCAGUAUGCCAUUGAGCGAUACAACAUGCAUAUCAUCAUCGGCCUCCACUCCCUGCCCGGCGGUAUCAACAACCUCGACAUUGGCGAGGCCUUUGGGCAUGACGGCUGGUUCUACAACUCUACCAACCUGGCUUGGAGCUUCAAGGCUGUUGACAAAGUUCUCGACUUUAUUAAAACCAGCGGGCACAAGAACGCCUUCACGAUCGCGCCUCUCAACGAAGCCAGCGACAACUUGGCUGGCUUUGGUUCAGCAGCUGGUCUAUCCGACAAGGCGGCCAACUGGAUUCUGACCUACAUGAACGGUGUUUUCCAGCGCGUCGAAGCCGUUGACAAGCGUAUACCAGUCAUGCUGCAAGACAACUUCAAGGGUGCCGCCUUCUGGUCACCACUGUUCGACAAGAAGCGCAAGCUUGUCAUCGACUCGCAUGUCUACUACUUUGCCGCAUCGGGUACCUACUCACAGUAUGUCGCACCUGCUGUGUGCGGGCAAGCGAAGUACCUCGCGGAGGAGACCAAAUUUCCUGUGUUUGUUGGUGAGUGGUCGUUGCAGACUAUGUACAACAACACAUUGUCCGUACCUAGCCGAAAGACGAUCUUUGAUACUCAGCGCUAUGCUUGGCAGAAGUACGUCGCAGGUGGUGCUUUUUGGACAGCCGUGUCUUACUCCAAUACGCCCGUGGAUGGAAAAGGUGUCCAGAGGGAUUACUGGAGUUAUGUUGACUUGAUCAGGGCUGGUGUUAUCACUAAAGCCACAACUAAGAGCUAUUGCUAA